AUGAAUCGGUCUGUCGAGAGUCUCCGUCGUCAGCAACGCAUAAUUGUUCAUACAGAGCGCGCCAGCAGAGCCAGGCUCCCAUCCGGACGCCACCUGCGUGGUAUAUCGCGAUGGACCCUGCGGUUCAAGCCGGUCCUAGAUCGCCGAGACCACGAGGCUCUUCUUUUCGCUACCAACGUGCUGUUCCAAAUCGGGCAUCAAAGCCACGUCCCGUCCGUAGAAGACCAGUUGCAGGUCCUUCGGGAUCCCCAAGUCAGCCAAAACCGCCCAACUUUGGCAACAGUCCAUCCAGAAUCCGAGGUCACCCUCUGUCGGCCAUGGCGGAUCCUGGCCACACCUUUCAGCACCGCGAAUCGGUGGCAUCCCACGAGAGAAGAUUCGGAGUUGCUGAUCCACAGCUCUCUUCUUCCGUAUGAGGAACAGUUCCAAGCUGUUGGUCUAGCAGUGACUUCUGAACAGCAGCGUCGGAAGUCGCCGCCCAAACCGUCUCCCAAAAAGGACACGAAGACGAAGAAUCCACCAGACAUCGAAGCAGAGCCAAUCUCGAAUCGCUCUAGGGACACCAGAAAACAAGCUGAACCAGGCCACCUUCAGCUUAAUGGCUUGAGGAGCGCUUCAACAAGCUCAUCCGAUUCAUCAACUUCUGGUACGCAGGUUGCCUUUGCACAGCCAGGCGCCUGGGAGCUCGCCUUUAUCGACGAAGUUCCCGCCAAGAAGGAAAGUUCUACUUCGAGAUGUUGUAACCUACCUUGCUUCCAAAAUACGAGAGACCAAUCGAUCGACAUGCCAACGGGUCGGCUACCUCCCGCUCCGACGCCGACAACAAUUGACACGCCAAACAAGAUAUUGGCAAAGUGGGAACCAGUCUACCCCCAGAAGACAGAGGCGCUACAGGGCUGGCGUAAGUCGAGCUCUAUAAUCGUCGGCCAAAUCGUUGCUGACUCUUUCGAAGGUGAGAAAGCCUCUCGAGAUGUUCGAGCCAAAACAUGGCACGGCAACACGGCACAGCGUCCAUCAACCUAUCGGCCACUCAGGGAGGCUCCCCCUUCUCGCAACGAGACAGAAGCACCAAGUCCCAAAAGCAAGUCUCCAAGGAAAGCGGUACCUCAUGACUUGAAGGACGAUAAACCACCCAUACCUCCAAGGGCCCAAGCUCGUAUCGAUCGUUCGAGGAAGCAAUCAAAGGCGCCAAAGCUCGAAUCUUCAGCCCCUAAGGGGAUACGUAAGGAGUCUCAGCAAAACGUGUUUUCAGAUCAGGAAAACUUCCCACCAGGAGAUAAAGCCCUUCCUGUCAUAGCCAAAAGACCAGUGAAAGCCACCGUAUUAUCAGAGUCAGACGAGAACACGGUCGAAGUACAGGCUCAGGAGUCAUACAACACCAAAAUCUCCACAGGAUCGAAACAGCCAGCUGGCGUUGUAGACAAGCCUCUCAGGGUUUCGAUCAGGCAGCCUGAACGCAAGGCUAAGGAAAAGGCCGCUCUUCUGAACAAGCCUACACAAACGGAUUUUGAGCAUCCGCCAAUUUUCCAAUCUGGGAGGAUGUUCAGAAGCCUACCGGGACCCGCAACAGAAGUGGAAAGAAGAGAACGGUCGGCUCAGACGAGUCGCGGAACUAUCACACCUAACCCUGCUCUACCGUCCACAUGGAAACUGACCUUGAGCUCGUCCUCGUCACUUGAAGUAGCCAUGGAAGCCGCUUCACGGGAAAUGGAGAUGCAAGAAGCCAGGCGAUCCAGGCAUGAGACACUCAGAGGACAAGACUUGGAGGCAGAUGCACAAGCUAUUCCCUACAUGGCUGCAGAAGCCGAACAUGACGAGCCACUCCCAGAGCCCGUUGACGAGGAAGCUCCCUUACCCUCAGCUGAACAACCCGAAGAGGGACGAGAACCGCUGCGAGGUAGUGAUAACUCGGACCCCAAGGAGCAGGACGACAAAGACAUUGAUGACAGAGAUGUUUUGCGAGGUCUCCACAUCGCCAUAUCGGCUGCUUGUAACGAAGAGGUCGACGCAUGGAUCCGACAAAAGACGGGUGUGCGCAUUCGUCGAUUCUUAGCAGACUUGAAGGCCUUUGAAACGCUGGGUGAAGAGGCCCAACCGGAUCCAGCCAAAGAGCGCGCGAGGAACAGGAGAGCCGACUCGAGGAAACUCAAGGCACAGAUUCGACAAUCUAAAGCUGCCAGGGAAGCAAGAGCAGCAGCACAGUGA